UGUCAGCAGUCCCGUCUGUCAAUAAUUACUAUAUCCCAACCGGCGUCUCUGUCGUCUAAAAUUUUGAUUCAUUCUUCAACGAAGUUUCUUCUCUUCUGCUUCCUCUUAUUCGUUCUCAUAAUCCAAAAUCCUCCGAUUAAAGUCUCCGGCAAUCUUCACGAUCCGCCAUUGAAACACCUUCAUCCGACUUCGAUUUUGCUGUUUCAUCAGUAAAUGAGGUGCAAGAAGCACCAUUCCGACUUCAGCAGCACCGUCGGCGUCUGUGCUUCCUGUUUACGGGAGCGUCUUUUAACUAUCAUCGCCGCUCAGGCACAGACAGAUAAGAACCAAUCGGAACUCAGUUCCGGCGGUAUUCGUGCGGCGGAUGAUCCUCUUCCUUCACCGCUUGUGUUCCUUCGUUCCGUCUCUCCUUAUGCUGGAAAAUCGGAUGAAGAUUUGUGGAGUAAUCUCGAUCCCGAAGGUAAUCGCCGCCCUCGCCAUCAGCGGUUCUACAGUACUCCACAAAUUGGACCUAAUUAUAGAACAAACAACAGUGCGAACACUACGUUCGUCAGUACGGGUUCUUUCGAUCGGAAGCAGAGGAGUAAGAAAUUUUCGCUCUGGUCCAAGCUUUUUAGGUCUAGAUCCGAGAAUUUCGAGAAGAAUCACAAAAAUACUUCUCGAGAAUCGCACGGUCCAGAUUCGUCUUCUUCAUCGCCGUCGUGGUUCUCAACGAUCUUUAACGGCCGUCGGAUUAAGCAGCAGUCAAGCCUUACGCCAGUCGAGGAAUCGAUCGCCGUUGCCGAACGGAGGCAUUGCCAGGGGAUUGAACGCGGAAUGUCGCCAGUGAGAGUAUCUGACUCCGAUGAAGAAUGUGAAGGUUCCAAUCGUUCUCCGAUUUCUCAAAAGUUUCAAUCGUCUCCAAUGGCGGCUCCUGGAUCGGCGAAACGCGGGAGAUUAGGCCACAAUCAAAACGUUUCGGGAUUCGCAUUUUGUUUGAGUCCUCUUGUACGAGCAAGUCCGAACCGGAAUUGGAACCAGAAGGUAGUUCCGCCGGAAACUUCUUUCUCCGGUAACGUCAGGGUUCCGGCGAAGCCUCAUCUCUGUGCGAACCGGUCGAGGAAGAUAGCGGACUUUGGAAGAGUCAAUCACAACCGUUGAUAUCGAUUACCGUUGACGUUUGACCACAGUAUUGAUUGUUAAUGGUGAUAUACUUCUCGAAAGUACGAUUCUACCCCUCCUACAAGUUUUAUUUUUAUUUUCCCCUCUUUUUACCGAGUGAGAGAGAAAAAAAAAAAAAAAAAAGAGUGAGAAAAAAAGGAAAAAGAGGCAUACAAUGUCAUGUGCAUUAAUUUA